AUGGUCGUCUCUCAUGCUACACUCUAUAAUCGCCUAGUGAACAUCGCGGUCGCUUUCGGGUCUCUUACAUACGGGUAUUGCUCUUCCAUUAUUGGAAGUACGAUAGGCCAACCGGGGUGGUAUGCCUACUUUGAUCUUCCCGCAAGUGGCACUCCGGGUUAUGCAACGAAAACUACUUCGACAAUUGCCACCGCCAAUGGUAUAUACAGCGCGGGUGGUGCUAUCGGCUCUCUAUUUAUUAUGUGGGCAGCAUCGGCCCUAGGAAGGAAGCGAUCAAUCCAAAUUGGGGGACUCUUCGCUCUUCUAGGAGGCGCUCUCCAAGGGGGUGCCGUGAGUAUCGGCAUGUUUCAGGCAGGACGCUUUCUGGCAGGUGUAGGCAUUGGCAUCCUGGUAACAGUAUGCCCUAUGUAUAUGAGCGAGUUGGCGCCGCCUGAGAAGCGCGGCUGGCUGGUCGGUCACCACGCAAUUUUCGUUGUCUUCGGAUAUAUGCUUUCCAGUUGGCUUGGAUUUGCGUGCUACUUUGCCACGGCUCAACGGCCGGACUUUGCAUGGCGCUUCCCUCUCUGCAUGCAAUGCUUUGGCCCUCUGGUGCUGCUAACAGCCUCAUUUUGGAUCCCAGAAUCACCUCGGUGGCUUUUGCAAAAAGGCAAGCUAGAAGAAGCAUGGAUAGUUGUGUUGAAUCUCAGAAGGUCGCCAGAAGACCAAGAAAAUAUGGCUGCGAAAGAGGAACUCUACCAGAUCCGAGCCCAGAUUGCACUUGACGCUGCGAGGCUACAGGCUAUUGGAUGCGGGCCAUGGAUGGCGGUGAUCAAGAAGAAGAGUUAUCGGAAAAGAAUGAUUAUUGGAUUUCUAACUCAAUGGGGUGCUGAAUUUGCUGGACCUCUUAUCAUUAAUAAUUACUCGGUCAUAUUAUACACCAAUUUGGGACAAACGGGUUACAUGCCUCUAUUGCUAUCCGCACUCUGGCUCACCACCGCCGGCUUGAUUUACAAUCCAUUUGGCGCCUGGCUACAUGACAAAGUCAAUUCACGAAGGUGGAUGUUUAUGGUUGGUCUAUUUGGCUGCUUAAUUACCACCAGUGGGCUUGCAGCCUGUGUGGCCCAAUUCGCAGGGACAUCGAACAAGGCUGGCAAUGCAGCAGGAGUAUUCUUCAUUUUUCUAUACCUUGCGUUUCAAGGAACCGGGUGUGAUACAACGAUGUAUAUAUAUGUCGCCGAGAUCUUUCCCACCGAAAUUCGUCCAAUUGGCAUGGGGUUUUCACUUUUCGGCCAAUUCUCUAGUACUAUCAUUCUACUACAAACUGCACCGAUUGGAAUCGUCAAUGUUGGCUGGAAAUACUAUCUUGUCAUCAUCGUCUGGUGUAUCUUCUUCAUCCCAGUUGUGUAUUUCUUCUUUCCCGAAACAGCCAAACUGUCGUUGGAGGAAAUUUCGGCGCGCUUCGGGGACGAUGUUGCAGUUCAUGUUACUGACGUCCCAGAUGAUGAGCGCAGAGAGCUGGAUGACUUUUUAAAAGGAAAAGAUGUUGUUCAUUUGGAGGAAUCACGAGACCCAAGUGGCGGUGGUAGCAUAAAGUCUUAG